GACAAACAUGCAACUUUCACAUAUUAGCAGUUACUCGAGGACGUGUUUGUAAUUAUCGGGAAUUUAGAGAUUGUGAAGUAUGAAUCCAAUGUUUCUAAUGAAUUUGUUGUGUUGAACAUCCGUAAACGAUAAGGCGUUGCGGAGUUGACGUUUAAGGAAAACUAGAUAAAUUCUCAACGCGCGAUAACUACUGACUGCCUUUCGCUAUAUAUUUCUGUGGUAAUCCGAUGUUAUCUUAAUAUUGUAUGUAUAUUAUCUUAUCGCCGAUUGUCACAACGCGAGCUCAACGGAUACAGUUGUUAGUUGCGCAGACCUGUCAUUGGACAAGAACAAAGGCUCUUAGGGAGGAUUGUACAGUCAUGGACACCCAAAGUGUGAUGCUUAAUGAUUUGACUGGAGCAAGCACUAGACAGAAUCCAUCAACUUCUAGACACAUUCAUUAUGAAUCUUCCCAACUCCAAAAUGAUUUAAUAUCAUCUAUGCCAUCACAUAGCCUUGGUGCAAGUGCCUCAAGCACAUUAAGAAAGCCAAGAAGCACAAAACAUGUGACCACUGCUGAUCAUUUUGAGACAAUACCUAUACUACGGUAUGCAGACUCAGACUUGGAUAAUCAUGCAGGUCUUAUUGCUGGUGAAAUGGAAAAGGAUUCAGCUCUCAUGGAGGACAAUCCAGAGUCAGAACAAUUACGAAUUGACACCUUAAGGGAAAUGCCAGAGUCUCUGACAUUAAAAAGAGUAGUGAAGAAGAAGUUGCUGAAGAGAGUCAGUCAGAAGUCGAAGAAGAAACCUAUUGGCUGUUUCAAAAAAAUCCGUUACAAAUUCAGUAUGCUAAUAAAGAAGCUCAACCUUGCUGCUAAAGAUGUUAUAUAUAGUGUGGAACUUUGGUACAGCAGCAUAAAAGUCAUUGAAGGACAUUUCGGUAGCAGUGUGGCCACAUACUUUAGAUUCUUCCGCUGGCUUUUCGUGCUCAAUGUUGUUAUUGCAUUAAUCAACCUAUUGUUUUUGGCAAUCCCACAAAGCCUGUACAGUGCAUAUGAUGAGGACGAUGACACUAUGAACAAUACAGCAAUGGAAAACAGGAGAUCUCUCAUAUUUUUCAAGAGAUUGAAAAUUGGGGAAAGUGAAAUCAACAGUGGUGAGAUGACAAGUUUCACUACACUGAGCUCAAGUUCUGAGUACUUCUCAUUUGCUGAUAUUUUUGUUGGUGAGGGUUCUUUCACCAAUAGCAUUUUGUAUUAUGGCCACUACACCAACACAUCAUUCUCAGUUUUCCCCAAUGUGGAGUACAGCAUGCCACUGGCGUACUUCUUCACUACCGCAUGUUGCUUUGGUUUGGCAUUUCUUGCACUAUCAUUGAGUGUUGCCAGAUCUUACAGAAAAGUCUUCAUUGAAACAUCAGGUGGGAUAAAAAAUGUAUAUGCUCACAAAAUAUUUUGCGGUUGGGACUACAGCAUUGCAACCACUGAAGCUGCUAAUCUGAAAUCAAAGAGUCUCUACAAUGAAAUAAAGGAACUUCUUGCUGAGGAUUACAAGGAGUUAAAGAAACACAACUGGAAAUCGUGGUUGAAAAUCAUUUUAGUACGUCUUAUGGUAAAUUUAUCAGCAGCUGCUAUUUUUAUUGGAACUGGAGCAGCCAUAUGGCUGGUGCUUGAAAAGAAACCACUGGAUUGGAACUAUAUGUUGCCCCUGAUUAUUACAGUUAUCAUGGUGGUAGCACCAUGGCUCUUGUCCAUUCUCUUAAGGCUUGAAGAUUAUGAGAGUCCACGAAUAGCACUUUAUGUUAAUCUGGUAAGAGUUUUUCUUCUUGAAAUUGUUGCUAUCAUGGCUAUUGUGGUCUACUGGUUCCAUCCAUCCAGUUCUCAGUGCUGGGAGACAUCUUUAGGACAGGAACUUUAUCGUCUUGUUAUUUUGGACUUUUUCAUUUCAACACUAGGAAGUUUCCUUAUAGAAUUCCUUCUUAAGAAAGUGGGCAGGAGUUCGUGUAUCAAAAUUGCUCCACCAGAGUUUGACAUUACACGAAACACCUUGAAUCUCAUAUACAAUGAGACUUUAGUUUUUGUAGGCUUUUUCUACAGCCCACUUCUUCCUCUUGUUGUAACAAUAAAAAUGUUUAUUACAUUCUACAUUAAGAAAAUUGGAACAUUAUAUAACUGUCAGCCUGCAAGUCGAUCAUGGAGAGCAUCACAGACGCAGACAGUAUUCCUUAUUUUGACAUUCCUUUCGUUGCUGGCUGCUGUAAUUGCAUAUGUCUACCUUAUUUCAUAUGUAAAUCUUUCAGAAGGAUGUGGUCCUUUCCAAAAAAAGAUGUCGGAUUUAAUAAUGGAUGAAAUGUUGACCCUGGAGGAAGGCCAUGUAAUAUGGAAAAUUUUAUUUUUUGUGACAAAGCCUGGUGUAGUUGGUAUUAUCCUAACAGGCAUGAUUUUCUUGGCAUUCUACAUGCGUUCAAAAGCUGCAGCACAUGCUGAAAUGAUUGAGCUUCUAAAAGAUAUGUUGAUUAUAGAAGCAGAAGACAAAGAAUUUUUGCUCACAAAUAUUGCUAAAGUCACAGAGACACAAUACCCUGGAUGGUCAGAUGGCAGACCAAAACCUUCACCACGAAAAAUGAGGAAACGCCAGACAAACUGGGAUUCACCUUUAUCUGGUGAUCAUUCAGCUGCCCUCAAAGGAAUGAGAGCAAAGCAACCAUUCCAUCUUCGAGGGCAAGGGCACAAAAUGCGAAGAUAAGAAGAGCAGCCUCUUGGCACGUGGUGUGCUGAAUUGUGUUUUACUACUACUGACUGAUGGUGUAUUGUACUUUAAAUCCAUCAUAAAAUAAUUGUUGUUUUAUUAUGUUGCUUUACAUUUUGCAAACAAGUUCUGUUUGUUUUCAUAAGGCAUUUUCUGAAGAUUAACAGUAUUAAAUUUUUCAUUGUGUUAUCUGUUGAACAUUAGUGUUGAAAUCUUUAUCAGAGUAGAAUUGACUGUAGUAUUGUUUGUUAAAUCAUUGACUAUUGUUAACUGUUUCUUCGAUCUCUAAUUUGUUAUUGAUAUAUAGUAUAUCAUUAAGUCUGAUCGUACUUGCUUUAAAUUAUCAGAUGAGGACUAUAGAGUUUACAUUUUUUCUUCUGGUUUGUAAAUAAAAUGAAAGAUAAACUCAGAAAAUUUGUUUCCAGAACCUGGAUUUCUAGUAUGGGAAUAAAAUGUCGCUGUGCAGCUGUCCACACUGUAGCCGUACUUCUAACAGAUCCUGUCACUAUAGUACCCAUUACAGCGAUGAAGCUUUUUCAUGUCAGAUCCUCAUUAUUUGUUGGCAGAGGAAAUGAAAUACACACCAUAUGUGGUGUAGCUCCAUCCAUAAUAGUCAGACGCAGCUAAAUCUGGUAUGCAGCAAGAGGCUACCAAAAAUGUGGAUAUUGCAUAACAUUCCACUCGAAUAAAAAACAAAAUGUUCAAAAUCCUUCUGUGCCUGUGGUGGUAAUGCACCGUGUUACAUACAUCUGGAAACUGUCUUCACAGGCACUUAGAUGGUGUACUAGUUGUCACAGAGUAUACUAAACAAAAAAUCAUAGUCAAGUUCAUUGGUUUAUUUAAUCAGUUUCAUCAUUGUUAAAAAUGCAUUUCAUAACCUUCCAAUCUAUCUCACAGACUCGGAACUCAACAUAGUUCUUUUUAUAUCUUGUGUUUAGGCGCUGUAAUAAUUACAUACACUGUGUUACUUAUUGUAAACCAUUUCUUAGAAUUUGGUCUCCACAUUGUCAGUUAUAGUAGUUGAAGUUGAGUUGUUCUGUGACUGAAUUAUGUUAUUAAUUAUUUAGAUAAAAUUUACCCAUUUAUGAUUUGUGGUGGGUGAAGCCAAAAGUAUUUGCACAGUGGUAGUGUUCUUCUGUGUAUCAGAUAAAAGGGUAAUGGCAGUGAAUGGUGAAACUAAAAACAUCAUUGAAAAAUUUGAGUUUGUCUUUCAUCAAAUACUGUGUUAUUUGAACUACUACUCCUCAUGUGAAGGUAUAUAUUUUGUCCUCUCUUCAGUGGUGAAUAAUUUGAAGUGUCAAAGAUCUAGUCUGGUUUUGAAUUGUUCUAAAUGUGAUUUUUUAUAGUUCCUUAUAAAUAUAUUGUUAACAUUCUUUAUUUUUUCACAACUACAAACAAUACUUUUCACUUUUACACUAGAUUCCAAAGAGGAGAAAUAGUUUAAAUGUAAAUUUUUCUAGUAGAUAAAUCAAAAGUUUCAUGGCGUUUUAGUAUUUCAGUCAGAUAUGCAGCACAGUUCUAGAAUCAGUAUUUCAGUUCUGUAGUUUUCAGUAAGGUAUCCCUUCAAUAAACACGUUGUAUUUGUUAAAAAUCCCAAAACUUCACUGACUUUGAGAAAUAAUAUUUAAUAGGCCUGGUUUUUGUAGGUGAGACGAACAUUCAACUAUCCAAUUAGUGUUGUAAUUUAAAUUUCUUAUGCAUUUAAUACCUAAACUAAGUUCUUAUUGCAUUGUCAAACAGAAUCAACAGUAAGUAGAUGAUUUAUUGACAGCUAAACAUCAGCAUAUUAUUAUGGGACACAUUGUCUUCACCUUAUGCUCAAGGAUGUCUGGGAUUACUUUGUUAUGUGUGUGUGUUGUUUUUUUUUCCAAAUUUUGUGAAGAUAAGGAUGUAUUUUGAAAUUUGAAUGCACAGGAUUACCUAAGUAUUCUUUAUGUCUUCAGUAGAUCAACUGUGGAGGGCUGUUGCUUCAGAUCAUACAAAUUUGAGAAUUGUGAUGAACUCGGACAAUUAAAAGAUAGAAAUACAGCAGAGUGAUAGUAAAAGUUUAAAAUGAAACACUUAAAAUAUCAUUCUAUAGUUUUAUGGCCUAUUUGCAUUUACUGUUGAUCCAAGUUGUUCAGGGAAGCUGCAUACUCUCACUGCUUAGGAUUUGUAUAAUAAUUUCAAAUAGUUAUAUUAUGUGUGUGAAAUGUGCAUUAUUUAUUUCCACUUACCUGUUGAUAAGAGAAUAUUUAUCUUCUGCAGUUAUAUGUUUACUCUUCUUUGAUACGUGGACUAACAAAAUAAAGCUAUAGCAAUCUAUGUCUAAUUGCAUAAGUUUUUAUUGUGACACAGGUUGCUAUGCUCUAAUUUCAUUUCAUUGGAUCAUGAUAUAAAAUAGUAAUUAGACAAAUAUAUGUCAUCAAUAUAUUCAACAGUUUGCACCAGAACAAAUAUUUCCACUCCAACAGUUAAAUUUUAGUGAAUUACACCUGGUAUUAACAUGUAACACUAAAAUUAUUGGAGAAAAUUGAACAUUUCAGUCAGAAUGAGUGAAAAAAGAUUUCCCUCAUAUUCACAUAAGGUAUGAAAUCUCACUUUAAAUCAUGUUUGUAAUGGUGUCUUACUAUGUCCAUAAAUUUGACAUUUGAAAGCCAAUAAGAUGAAAUGUCUCCAAAGAUUUAUAGUCCAAUAUCAGACAUAACAAAGUGCCAAAGUUCAAUUACAUUUGCUCAUUUUAAUUAGUGAUCCAUUAAACUCUAAGCUUCUGGCAACUUUAACUCAACACAAUCAAAAUUAAAACCUCAAUGGAACAAUGUUUUUACAGAAUAAGUAUAGAUUCAGAUAACAGUGCUUUUGUUUCACUUACUUUAGUAAUUUACAGUUCUAUUUCUUGACUUCAUUUAUGCAGUGUUGUGUGUUGAUUGCAGCUAUUUUGAAUAUAGUGACUUGAUCAUUUCUAAAUAUAUACCAAAGAUCGGUUAUGGACCAGUGUGUUACUGAAUUUAAUAAAGGUUUCAUAUAAUAAACUGAGACAUGUGCCAUUGGUCAUCAAUGUGAAAAUAUGACACUGUUAUUUAUUAUAUUGAUGCAUAUUUGAAGAAAUAAAAGAUGAUGAGUUA